AACUGAUAGUUUAUGCAGCGUCAGCAUAAUAUGCAAUUGAAAACUAAUAAUAUGGCUCCUUCUGAAAGACAACAGACUUAAAGCACAAUCCAAAGUAUAUCAAUCCUCAAUAACAGUCUGAACCAGGAGCAUUUGUUAGACAAUUGGCAUGUAUUGAAAAGUAAAAUCAGUCACAUGUUAAGAAAGCGCUUGACUUAUAAGAGAGGAUGAAUACUUUUCUCUUAUUGCAGCAUGCGAUUUCAAGUACUGAUUGCGUUGUCCCUGUUCUUGAUUCUAAUGGGCAUCUUGGGAUUUGCACCCAUUCACCUCUCAGAACAAGUGAACGAUAAAAUAUUACACUUUUUUAUCUUUUUCAUACUUGCUGUGUUUCUCUACUUUUUAUGGAAUCUAUCUGUUAAGCGCAAUCUGAUCUUAGCGACUAGUAGUUUACUUGUAUUGGCAAUCGGAAGUGAAUUUAUUCAGGGCUUAUUGCCGUAUCGAUCAUUUGAUAUUUAUGAUAUUAUAGCCAAUCUUUUAGGUGGCAUAACUGGUAUAUGUCUGUCUUCAUUGACUGACUAUUUGAUUAACCGACAUCGAGAAAACAAAAGAAGAUUUGGAGGAAGAAGAGAAGCAGAAUAUCAGAAAGCACUCAUGGAAUUUACUGAUGAAGAAGAAGAACAAAGCUAUAGACUUGAUCAUGUGUAAAUUUAUUUUAUUCAAGAGAUAUUUAAAACACUAUAUG